AUGUUCACACUCAAAUUCGGAACCACACUCCUCUACAGUAUUCCCUCGAUGGUCCUCUAUUCGAUGACUAUUGUGAUGGUGAGACGGUUCCCCAAGGACUUCUCGAGCACUUUCCUCAACCUCUACAUCACGUUCUUUGUGUGUGUGAGUGUGUUUCCCGCGGAACAUCAAUAGUUACGAGAGAUUAUGUACAGAACAACAUCACAUUCUUCAACUCGUUCAUCACCGUCCGAAUCCCUCAAAACACCUGCAACGACUGCCUCAUGUCCUUCCUUUUCAAGGCGCAUUCGGCCACGAAUCCCUCGUGGUUUCCCCUCAAUUUCUUCUAUUUCAUUCAUUACAACAUGGCCUAUAUGCAAUUUCUCAUGAUAUUUCUCACUUCGCUCAAUCGGUUCACAAUGAUUUUCUGGAGUACACGUUAUGAAAAAGUACGAGGGAAGUUGCAAUUAUAACUAAUUUCAGAGAGUUUCAGGUGUGGAAACGAAUGUUUUUUCCGGCGGUUCUGGCAAUAGUUCUCUGUCCGAUUCCCUUUACCCUGCAAGUUCUCACCAGUUCAACUUACUAUGUCUAUACAGAAUCAUUGGAUUGUUUCACUGUCGCCAGCACUAUGGUGAGCUACCGGUAACCAUCCCUUUACAGUCAACUAUCUAUCAGGACCGGGAACUCGUGUACAAUCAGUUAUUGGCCGCCCUGACCCUCAUCACAGUCAUCACGGCCAUCGUGAACAUCGCCUCUUUCUACCGUCUCUCCUGCAUGGCUUUCAAGAUCUCGGUGGCCGAACGGAACCUUCUCUUCGUCAGCGGAUCCCUUUUUAUUGUCCAACUCGUGGCUGAUAUCAACACGGUAUACUCGAAAAUAAAGAGUUCGAUGGAGAGUGAUCGUUUCAGACCAUAAACCGCCUCGUUUUGAAUGACAGCAACAAGGACAGUCUGUGGUCGAAAGUCGCCGUCACUCUUCUUCCGUACGUCAGCGACGGACUAACUCUCAUCCAUCCGUGGAUGUUCUUGGCAUUUAGCACAAAAGUUAGUUCAUAAUAAACACAAAGCUCAAGCUCGAGAGUACGAGUACUCCAACAUUUUUCUCUUUUUCAGGCUCGUCGAUGUUUCGUGAUCUUGUACGUUCCGGGUUACAAAGACGCCGUUGCAACCACAAACAAUUCGAUCCACUUCAUCUCACGGGAAAUGACUGGUCGAAGAACGCAAGUAGGAGAAGUUAACAAAUUCUGA